AGAGUUUGGUGGUGGAGGUGGUGGGGGGCGAGGUUUGGGUUGUUGAGACACGGAGAGACGACGUCGAGAGAGACACAGCAGCAGACAGCGUGACACACAGACAGACACACAGACAGACAGACACGAGAGAGAGACAAGACCCCCCCCCAGAGGAGAGAGCGGCUGACUUGGGGAGACGACGCGAGAGAGAUAUUGACCAGCGGAAGCACAAGAGAGGGGACGGUGGAGUUCGCUUCUCAGCCGGAGACAGGGGGGGUGGUGGUGGUGGUGUCUCAACCCGGGGACGUCCAGCUCACAUCCACCUCGUCUGGACACCAGCCGGCAGCAGCGUGGAAAAGAUGAUGAUGAUGGAGACGCUGGGACACGGCGACUCGCAACAGAUGGACCAAAUAGAAAUCUUGUGGAAGCAGGAUGUGGACCUGGGCGCUGGGCGGGAGGUCUUCGACGUGGCGCUCCGCCGGAAGGAGCUGGAGCACGAGCUGUUCAAGAAGCGCGAGAACGAGCGCCUCGAGCAGGUGGCCUUCGAGGAGGAGAAGGCGCGGCUCGCCUGCUUCGAGGUGGACGGGGAGACGGGCGAGUACGUGCCCGUGCAGCGCGGGGGGAACCCGCCGCCCAAGCUCGAGGAGGAGUCUGCCUUGACGCGAGGGGUCAAGGAUUCUGCAAUUCCAGGAGGAGAACAGGCACCACUCAGCUUUGACGAGUGCUUGAAGAUUCUGGAAGAAAACUUCAACUUUGACACCACUCCUGAGGUUCCUGCCCUCCCUGAUGUCACGGGCCCCAUCGCGAUGGGCGAACCUGUGCCAUGCGUGCCAGUGCUGGCCCCGGACAAGGUGGCCGCUCCGCCUGCCCAAUGCCAACCGCUCGACCUGGAGCAGCGGUGGCAGGAGAUCCUCUCGCUCCCAGACUUCCAGGUUCUGGACAUGCACGUGGUUGAUCUCGAACCUUCGCUCUACGCUGGCAUAGAAAGCCAGCCAGCCUUGGAUGUUCUGGAGAGCUGCCCGGCACUCUGCUGUGAUAGCACUGCCACUGCAGUUCCUGCACAGGACUUUAACUCCACAUACGACGCAAUGGGCAGUAACUUGCCCAACGCAGAAAAUUCCUGCCCUGCAUUUUACAGUAUCGAGCAGGUUAGCACAUCACAUAUUUACCCACCGUUUGACUCUGGCAUGCUCCUACCAUCCAUUCCGUCAACUUAUGCCCCCGUCAGCAAUGCCGCAACCCAAGCCAGCAACAAUUUAGCAGACAGUGAGUUAAAUGAAUUACUAGGGUCCACAGUCCUUACCAGCCUUGGUUCAGUGGAAGUCCCUAUCGAUUCAGAAGCUAAUUAUUGCGGUAUGGAUCUGCCAGAAAGUAAAUAUGGAAUCGUGAAGGUAACGGCAGGGAACAGCAGACUUCCGCUGAAUAUCCCUCCACGGGAAAGCAUCCCUGGAUGUAGCGACGUGGGUAAAAUAGAGAUUUUCAGACCCAGCAGCAGCUUCCUAGCGUUUGAGUCGACGGCCGCUCUCGAUGAGCACGACUCAGACUCUGGGAUGUCCACGGGCUCGAGCCCUCACGGCUCUCACGGCUCACACUACCAAGCCCUAUUCAGGGACGAGGAUGACGAGUUCAGUGAUGAAGAUGAUCUCGAUGAAAUGGAAAGUCUCAACGGAGAGAGGCACACGUACAGCCAGGAGGGAGACGGGUCGGCUUUUCUAGACGAGGCACAUUACAGCUCCUCGUCGCCAGGGAACGACGAGAAGCAGCGGCGUAAUCCGAGCGGCAAGAGGUCAAAGCUGAGCCGCUCCGACCCCGCAGCCAGCGACGGCUCCGUGAAGCGCCCGGUGGCACGGGACAAAAGCGGCUGCUACCCAACCUCGAAGGGCGGCGGCCGCAUGUCGCGCGACGAGCGCAAGGCCCAUUCCCUGAAGAUCCCCUUCUCGGUGGCCGACAUAGUCAACCUCCCCGUGGACGACUUCGUCGGCCUGCUGUCGCGGCACCAGCUCAACGACUCGCAGCUGGCCCUGGUGCGCGACAUCCGCCGGCGGGGCAAGAACAAGGUGGCGGCGCAGAACUGCCGCAAGCGCAAGAUGGAGGGCCUCUCGUCGCUCGAGGGCGAGCUGGACGGCCUGCUGGGCGAGCGCGAGCGGCUCAAGCGCGAGCGGGACCAGCUGAGCUCGGGCCUCGCCUCGGUGCGCCAGGGCCUGGAGCAGAUGCAGCGGCAGGUGUUCGAGUCGCUGCGCGACGAUGCCGGGCAACCGUACUCGCCGUCCAAGUACUUCCUCGAGUACGCCAGCAACGGCACCAUCUUCCUCGUGCCUAGGCACCCGAGCCACGUCGUCCGGCCCGUGGAAGCGCUCAGAGUGCAGAAGUAGAGUUCUUAGUUGCUCGCUCGCCGUUAUAUAUAUAAAACAAAAACUAUACUGCUGAAGAGAGUGCUUAAAGCGUAGCUGCUUGUCGUCACACAAACCGACGUCGUCUAUAUACCGACAAUGUUCAGUUUUUCCUUUUACUGCAGUGCUUAAUGAUAAGUGAUUGUUAAGUGUGUUUUGUACGAGCUGAUGUGUCGAUAAGAACCCAGUCCGGGUGAAGAGAUUGUGUAGGUCAACUUUAGAAUAUCACAUCACAUCACGUGUGAACAUAAAAAAGGUCCAAGUUCAGACAUCACCAAAAACAAGUUUGACCCCCCUGUCCUGUGGUGUUCUGUGCAACCGCACGAGUCACUGUACAGAUUGGGUCAACAGGGUUAGCGUGUACUAAUCUUCCAUAAGGAGGAUGAAGCCAAUAUACAAACACCACGUUGCACAGCUGAUCGUGUUAUGAUGGCAAUAGUUGCAAGAGUUCAUGCUGGCGACUCCCAGGUUGCCAUCCUUGCGCAACUUGUAGUCGAGGCUGCAAAGGGUUCGUAAUCAAGUUCUUCUGGCUAAACGUGCCCCACUCACAGUUACGAGAGUCAACACAAGCGUUUGUCCACUGCUUAUUUGCUAAAAUGGCAACGUGUGGACUUCUGCUGAAGAGCACUCUGGAUAUAAAUAGCAUCAAAGUAUACGUCCUUAAAAUUUUAACUGCCUUCUAUAAGAAAUGUCUGUGCCUUUAGUGUAAACGAAAUUAAACUUGUUUGGCUUGCUCAUCCUUUCAAUCGGAUCAUGGUUUGGAACUUAAGGUCUAAGAUUAACAGAUUUGUGUUCACAAUUAAGUUUUAACGUUUUUUGUUUUAUUUAUGUUAUAAUUGAUCACAAAUCAGCAUCUGUGAAGGACCAACUGGGUCUGUGAUUUUUUUAAACUCUACUUAAGUGCCAGUAGUUUUAUUCCUCUGGAGUCUACAGCAUGCUUUUCUUUUAUUGGGGGCAUGGCCAGGAGGGUCUGUCAAGGAUGAGCAAGAAAGGGAAGUGUCAAUCUACACACUCGAGGCUUUUGGUGCAAAAUGCCAAGAUGUGCACAUAAUGUCUGUUCAACUUCUUUUUCAACGUACGUAGCCAACCGUGAUAAUCUGAGCUGCGGGGGAAGGACCACAUACUAAACACAAAAAAUGCACUUCUAUCAUUAAAUGAGUUUUCAAUUUAGAUUUAAAAGUGGUUUGCUCCGGUGGCUUCCUUAUGUCAGAAGAAGAGCGUUCCAGACGGCCGCAGAAGGGUGUCUGAAAGCGCGCGAUGUUCGAUGGCUAGCCAAAAGCCGCUGCUGCAAGGAUGAUCGGAGUUCGCGUGAUGAUGGUUUAUGCUCCUUGCAGCAACCUCCAGAGGCUCACAGAACACAGUGUGGUCAAAUGCACAUGGGUUUUUGCUGGCUGGCUGUGCCCUCCUACAUGUAGAAAGCUCUUAAUUCGUUUUUGUGUUGCGUUUAAUUCUCAUUGUUAAUCUUUUUUUUCUAUUGCGGUGGUGUUAAGUUUGCCGUAGACAUGUUAAUGUUUGGUUAAGGCUUCUUCUUGUACGGUCAUUCCAUGCAUUACAAUAAAGUCACACUUACAGUUAUAAAACGUGUGUUACCAACAUUCGAUUUCGAUAGUUUUUUUAACAGGUUUUGUUGCUCAUAUAUUUUGUACUAAAGUGGCGGAUUAAUUUGCUUUAUUUUUUACACAAAAUUGCAUACAGUCAAAGCAUUUACCCAGGUUUAAGGAGUACAUUAUUCCCUGGUGUGGUAUGUAUUUCUUUAUUAAAUCUGUCUAUCUCUCGA